CUGUACGACCUUUAAAUACGACUUAAAAGUCAUUUCAGAUCCGUGGAUUCUGCCUCCUUAACCCGUUUCUUGGGUAUCAUUUUCAUUUUUCUUUCCUCUUCCGAAGCCCAAAACAAAAGUAAAACUCACACAACAAAAUAUCAAAAACUAACUCUCAAAUUCUUUCAUCUUAUAGAUCUCAAAUCUCAUCAUCUCCACGAUUCUAUCUUGUUUUCAGAUCUUCACCAUCACUUCACUCUAUCACUCUAAGUUUAAUGGAUGGAUUGUUUUGAUCUAUGCUUGUGACGAGGAGAUCUGGUCAGGUCUUGAAUCCGCUAUACAGUUUUGGGGGUCUUAAAGUCAUAAACUGGCUUUGAAUCUAUUUAGGGUUUUGAUUAUUUGGUUCAUGCUUGAUUUGGAUUUAUCAUGGAGGAGAAGAUUUAUUAGUAGUUAAAAGUUGAGGUUUUUUACACGAAUCUUAUACUAAAGCUUUGAUCUUUAGUGCUCUUUUUCUUUUUCUUUUUUUCUAAUUUGAGAAUCAAAGAUUUCAGUAGUUUAUUGGGUGACUAUAUUCUGGUUAUGGAGACACUUGUUGUUGUGAACCAGCACAGGAACCAUCAGUACUAUAGCAGACUUAAGAGUUACAAGCCAGCUAGAUGUGGCUAUUCAUCUCCUACUAGUCAUUUUAGAGAGAUCAAUUGCAGGACUUUUGAAUCUGGGGCAGGUAUUUUGCCAACGCCCUUCAGGACUUGCACUACUCCUGUAACCCACACCACACCCACCUCUACCUCUCAGAAAACACCACCACCAACUAUCAAGACCCAUGCUCUGGCAAGCUCAUUGCCCAUUUCUAUCAAUAUUCCCACAAAGGGUACAUCUUUUGAUGAUGAGUUGGGAAUUACCGGUGAGAAUUCACCAUUCUCUGAGCGUUGGGCUGGACCUGCUUAUUCAAACUCGCCACCGCCCAGUUCUUUGCCCAUUCCCAAGUUCUCAAUGAGGCCAAAACGAACUGUGUCAUUGGAGUUGCCUGUCUGUGAUUCGGGUAUCAAAGUACAUUCGUUUGCCAAGUCUGCUCCUUCUUCCCCCACAAGGGAACAUAACUCAUCUACAAGGGAACUGCUUCUCAGUGUUGACUCAGCGACAAAGACUCUGCGUCGCAUUCUUAAUCUUGAUGUGGUGGAUGAUGAAAUUUAAGGGGCUUUUUGCUCCUGUAAAUAUUUUAGUUUUAGAUGUAUAUAUAGAUGGAAUAAAUUCAUUAGAAGUGUGCGUGUGUUGCAGUUUGUUUGGCUUUGCUUGCGGUGGUGGUGGUACAAGUGACAAUUAUCAGUGUGGUGGGUGGUAAUCUUCACAUUUAGAAUUGAGAAAUUGAUGUCUGAGGUGGAGUAGUGUUUAAUAAUGGUAUUUCUUAGCAAGAUUAGGCAAGGUGCUUGUAGUAUGGAAAUGUGACUUGGAUGGAAGCCGACGCUAGUUGCUUCAGUAAGCAGAAAGGGAUCAUGAACCCUGAACGGUAGAUGACUUCUUUGUAAUGAAGUAAAACAACUCACUGAACUGCUCUAUUGUGUUAGAUGAUUCGGUAUAAUCUACUCAUUGAAGGUUUAGUUAUUAGGCUUAUAUAUCAGAUACUAUGUAUAUACCAUGAAAUCUUCAUUAGAUUAGUCUCAGUUCGACUCCAUAGGUUCCUAUCUUGUUUCUGUUAAUAUCUUUUUUCUUCUUAGCUCUCUCUUUCUAAUUUGCUCUUUCGCGACACUAAUUACUGCUGGUUUCUUAGUUUAGUGUUGCCUCAAUCUGUGCUUCAAAGAGGUCUCUGCUCCUGUAACUUCUUUACUCUGUCCUUCAUUUCCUGAAUUGGCUCCUCCACUAUCUAAAUGACAUCAUAAACAUACUCAUCAUUUGUUUCUUUCUUUUAGAUAGGUCUAACUCCCUUUGUAUACACUCUGCAUGGGUGUUGUUUCCUGCUUUACCACCUUUUCCGGUUUUUAAGAGGGGAGGUGGUAAAAUGAAAAUAGUCGUCGGCCUCUUCUGCGACUUGUGUUUGUAUGGUCAAUCCAGUCUAUGUUACUCUUUCCUGUUAUAAGCCUUUAUGUUCCUCGUCUUGUGUCCUCCUGGUCUGUUCAUAAUAGCCUCACUUUUUUGGAGAUUAUUGACCAUACCAAGUUGUUGGGAAGGUAGCUGGUGGGGGAAGAUUUCAGGAGGCUGCUCUCAUAGGUGGUUAUGAUAGCAAUGAUAGUUGGUAGUCUUAAUAGUUAGAAGCAAGUCUUGUGAAGAUCAUAUGCAGUUAUAUGUCUGAUUAUUAUUUCGAGAAAUGCAAGUGGUGUCUGUCUCGCUGCUUGUCUUGGUACCAAGGAGUCCAUGAAGCAGUAGGGUUGGUUGACGAAUGAUAUCGGGUUUACUUGAUAUCUUCGCAUUUUAUGUCGUGUUUUACUAGUUGUUUUGUUAUAUUGUUCAGACUACGAUGUUAGUUUAAUUAUCAUUUUUAUUUUAUUUAAGCUUAA